AUUCCUGUGGACUAUCCUGAAGCGAUCAUUGUAUACCCUCCGCAUGAGCUACACUAUGAAUAAACGCAGGGUGGAGGAUAUCAAAUCCACAUACGACACAGUGCAACAGAGGCUGAAGCGACUGCAGGGUGAUGCAGAGAAACUGCUGCACCAGAUGAGGAAGGAGGUGAAGAGUGCUACAUUUGAGGCCGGCCAGGAUCUCAUGUCCCAUCUAGACUCUAUGAAGACAAGAAUGCGUCUUAUGGCCUGGCAUGAAGACGAAUGCCCCAAGCGAGAGAGGACCUGGCAGAACGUGUUAAAGACAGCAUCCUUGGUCAUUAGCGAGAAGAUCGCUCAAGAAAUCAACUACUGGGAACAUAGCACUGACAGGGUCGCCAGUCUACAGAAGGAUAUCCUGUUGCAGUUUCAGGAAAAGUUUGAAGUGUUCGGCAAUCAGCUCCACAAUAUUGAAAGAGCGUUGGCACACGAUGUUCAAGCUGAGACAAAUUUUAACAUGUCUGUGACAAGCUCUCUGUCUUCCAAGAAGGGAGGAAAACUAGCCAAACUGUCUAAAGGCGCGCCAGCUUUUCUCAGCCUGGGUAACUCUGUGACCUCUGGGUUUAGCCUUGACCCCAAAAACGCUGAGUUGCGGACGUUGUUUAAGGACAAGUACCAGAGUGACCCGUGCAGGGCCAUGGCCAAGGCCACAGAGAUCUUUCUGGGCUUCCUCAAUGAAACCGUUGUUGUUUCCUCGCUCGUUAAGUUUUUUGACAGACUUGUCAAAAGUAUUGACAAAAUCGGUACCAAAAUCCCAGAAUUGAUCAAAGCGGAUCAACAAUUGCUUGAGAAGUUGAACUCUGACCUUCACUCGGGCGAAAGGAAACUAGGCGAGUACCCCUCAAUGUCUGGAACAGUUGCUAACCUACAGGGAAGGCUCGACCUGCUCUAUGUUCAAAGACUCAUGGUUUCUGACUUCACAGCCGAUCAGCUGGACUACCGUGACAAAGUGAAACUUGGCAAAGGCUCUUUUGCUAAUGUCUACAAGGGGACACUGAAAAUCCGGCCUGGAGACUCAGUUGUUGUUGCCAUCAAGGAACCAAAAGAUCCUGUUAAUGUUGCUGAAGUCACGGACAUGCUGUUGGAAGAGACGAUGCUCAGGGAAAUCGACAACGUGAACAUUGUGAAGUACUACGGUGUCUGUCGCACAGGACCAGAGGCCGAUCUCAGGCUCAUUAUGGUCAUGGAGUUCUGCCCUUACACACUCAAGGCAAGGUGUAUAGGUACUGAAAAUAGUGCCAAUUCUCCAAGCAAGCUGGGUGCAAAACCUGCCGAGCAGAGCAAGUCAGUUUUGGAGGUACUCAACUUCCUUGUUCAGAUCUGCAACGGUUUGAGAUAUCUGCACAACAAGAACAUCGUGCACAGGGACCUCAAACCAGACAAUGUGCUGCUGACCGCCGAGUCGAAGGUCCGAAUUGCAGAUCUUGGACUCGCCAAGAAAGUGAAAGACAUCGUCACCCUGAACAUUGGGACUCCAGUUUACAUGGCUCCUGAGAUCUUGUCCAUAUUAGAUAAAUAUGACACUCUGGCAGAUAUUUACAGCUUGGCCAUGAUAAUGUGGGAACUUUGGUACGGCCGUGAUCUGGCUGAAUACGCAGCUAUGGAAAUCCAAGGCGGACUCAAGCAAAAUAUUGAAAGUGGAUGGCGCCCAAAAAUGUCUGCCGUGCAUCCUCCCCCGGACUACUGGCAAGAACUGAUGACAAAAUGCUGGAACCAGAAAGCCGCUGAGCGACCUACAGCAGAGACAGUCGGAAGAACUUUGUCACAGAAAAUGAUGGAAAUUCAAUAAACCUUUGGAGGUCGGCGCUAGAAAGGAGCUCAGAGAUCCUAACUUUGGAAUGAACAGUUAAUGUAAAUUUCUACGUCUCCGCUAUAUUUAUCAUCGUUGUCGUCAUUUGUGUCAUUAUAAUCCUCUUCCCAAUGUGUAGACAAAGUUUGUUUUCGCUUUUAAAAAUGGUUAUUAACAGAACAAAUGGCGUCUGUUGGGAUCAUCAUCACCACCAUCAUCAACUUCCAGGUAAAAAAUACCUGCAAAAUCACCCAGUAUAACUUAACUGAAAGAAAAUUUAAUGAUUGCUGUACAAUCUAAAAAUCCAACAUAUUAUGUUGUGGUUUUAAAACUUUGUCUUUGUUAAAAUAUGUCUUGUAUUUUUAUGUCAGUUUGUUCCUGUUAAAUGGUGAAAAUAUAAAUCAAUAUAUUCAUAGUCAUAUUAUUGGGAAUUUAACUUAAAAAAGAGUAAAAACAAUGCUUAAAAAAAAAAUUGUCCAGGAGAAAAAUGUCCGUCUUUAAAGAGGGAAAUUGUACGCAUUGUCAUAUUAAUGUUUAUAAAAUUAAGCAAAGAAGGAAAGGGAGGGGGGGGGGGGGGGGGGAGGUGGUAGUAGCCAUUUGUACAGGUGAGUAUCUCAUACAGGUAUCCGUUGGAACAGGUUCAACUGUAUUGAAUGACACAAGAAACAAACAUUAAAUGUCAGUCCUGGAUUAUCAGGCCCAAAGGGACUUAACCGUAUUAUAAUAAAUAUGACAUUUUCUUUAAAAAAUUCUGGUUGUUUCCCUUACUAUUUUUCGCUUGAUGUGCAAGUUCUUAUUCAUUUUUUAAAUUUUAUUUUGAUACAUUUUUUAAACUUCUUGAAGUAGAAUCAUCUAACUCGUAUAAUAAUAUGAUUUAUGUGCAGUUGGGUGUAUGCUAGACAAUGUUUUUGAAUAUGUGCAUAAAGGAGAGAGAGAGAGAGAGAGA